CACAAAAGAAGGAGGGAGAGGGGCAUCCGUCCUUAUUUGAAGGUUCAUGCUACUAGAAUUAGUUAUUCCCAGUUUUGGAACACCGCUUGCAUUUUUGGUGGAUGCUCCCAGGUCCUGAGAUGAAAUUUAGCUUCAGACAGCCCAGAUUCAAUUCUUGCAGAGCCUGAGUGCCAAGCCUGACUUCCUCCUAUCUGGAAUGCUUUCUGCAGGAAAAGCUGGAUACAUUUUCUUGAAAUAAUUUUAAUGGAUACCAAGUUUUGUUUGCUUCUAUUAUCUGCCUGCUGCUUCUUGAAGUGGAUAUAAUACAUAUUACCAUGAAAAGCAGGAAGGAUUAAAAGUUACAAUAUUUCAAAGAAGAGACUUUUUUUUGCAUCAGAAUUCACCUUCUGCAGAAUUCACUUGCGCAGCCUGAGAGAGUGUAACAUUCUUCACUGGACGUUAUGAUUUAUUGGCAGAAACCUGAAGAUGAGCUGUAACUAUAGCUGCCGUUAUACAGGAACUCAAGGGAAAAAAAAACUGAGCAAAAUGUACAACGGGAUUCAUUUAUGGCUCAUCCUUGCGGUUAUUAUAUUUGUGCCACAGAAUGCUCUCUCGUGCCCACAUCCAUGUGCCUGCUACGUCAACUCCGAGGUCCAUUGUACCUUCCGCUCCUUAGCGGCAGUGCCAUCGCGAAUACCAAAACAUGUGGAAAGAAUCAAUUUGGGAUUCAACAGUAUCCAAUCUAUUGGGGAGGAUUCAUUCGCAGGAUUAUCAAAACUAGAGUUACUUUUGAUCCAUAGUAAUGAUGUCCGCAAUGUUCCCAACGGUGCUUUUAGAGAUCUGGUUUCUUUACAGGUGUUCAAAAUGAGCUACAACAAGCUGAAAACGAUUACCAGUCACACCCUCCAUGGUCUUUUGGGCUUAACAAGGCUGCACAUUGACCAUAACCAAAUUGAAUUCAUACACCCCAAUGCGUUCAAUGGUUUAAUGUCUUUAAGACUUCUUCAUUUAGAAGGAAACUUGCUUCAACAGCUACAUGCCAACACAUUUUGCACCUUCAAUUUCUUAGGUUAUUUCCGACAGUCUACGUUAAAACACCUUUAUUUAUCAGAAAACAUGAUUCAGUCACUGCCUGCAGACAUGAUAAAAACAAUGCCAUUACUGGAAAAUCUCUACCUUCAUGGUAACCCAUGGGUCUGUGAUUGUAACAUCAAGUGGUUACUUGACUGGACUGAGCAAACAGAUGGCAUUCUUAAAUGUAAGAAAGACAGAUCAUAUGAAAAUGGGCAGCUGUGCCCUACAUGCUCUUCUCCAAAGCAUCUGCAAAAUCGGGAAAUCCAGAGUCUGAAAGAUGCUUACUGUUCUAGACCUGUGAUAUACUCAGCACUUCGAGACAACAGUAGUUAUGCCUACACAGAAGAAGAGAAUGGGAAUGAUCCACCAGCAGCAGAGUCUUAUCAUAACCUGCUAGGGAAAGUCAUAUUAAAUAUGACUGACGAGCAUGGGAACAAAGUAAAUUUGGACUGUGACAUGAUAAAGCCAGCAGACUUCAGCAAAAUUACUUGGAAUCAACAUCAUCCAGAGGAAAUUGAUAUCAAUGCCACAUUUAGUCUUGAUUUUGAAUGCCCAAUGAAUCGAGAAAACUAUGAAAAAUUAUGGAAGCUUAUAGCCUAUUAUAGCGAAGUACCUGUAAAGCUGGAAAGGGAAUUACAGUUUAAUGACAGUCCCAAAAUGACUUACAGAUACAGACAGAAUGUAGACCAUGACUCAUAUUAUUAUACAGGUGUUAAAGCUCUAAUAUCAUCAGAUCCAUCUUGGAUAAUGCAAACAACUGUCAACAUCCAGUUAAAUAGAAAGAUGAGUACUGCUAAGAAAGUCACUUUAUCUUUUUCUACACAAUUUGCAGAGUCUAUACACACAAAGGAGAUACAGUAUACUCAGAAUAAUUGGGUGUUGAUUGAGAAAAAUGAAAAAGUGAAGACAUCAUGCACUGCAGUUAAAGGAACUCUCUGUCAGCUGAACUGCCAUGUAAAGUCAUCUGAAAUCCCCUCGAUUGAAUGGAGUCUUCCAGAUGGAACAAUACUCAAAGCACCAUACAAUAGCCCAGAAAGCAGAUUUUCCGUUUCUCCCAGUGGACAGUUAGUUAUAAAAGAAGCAGAUUUCCCAGAUUCUGGAUUGUAUUAUUGCAUUGCUCGAGUAAAGCAUGAAGUGGAUAUGCAGCUAUUUAGAGUCACAGUGCAGUCAUCAUCAAGUGAUGUAGCUGAGAAUCAUAUUCAUGUUCUUACAAGGAAUGUAGGGGAUCCCAUAGCCUUGGCUUGCAAUGUAGUGGGGAAUCCAGAUGCUGAUGUGAACUGGAUUUUGCCUAAUAAUAAAAUUAUUGAUGCAUCAGUAAAUAAUACAGGUCUAUAUCUUUUAAAUAAUGGUUCAUUAGCAAUUAUAAAUGCCAAACUUAGUGACAGUGGCUUGUACAGAUGCAUAGGUAUUAAUCAGCAUGGGACAGACCACUACAGCGUUCAAGUAGAAAUAAACAGAAAAGUAUCUGAAAAACCUUAUCAAAUAAUAAAAACUAAAAAACAGCCUUCUUUUGAAGUUCCAACAAAGCCCAAGUAUAAUGUGAUAGAUGAUGAUGGUGGCUCAGGGGAAAAGGAUACUCAAGAAGAGUCAGGUAAAUAUAACGUCAAAAAUGGUGCAAGACCGGUAAAGAAAAUUGGUUCAGCUUCAACUAAAGUUCGUGUUAAACAAAACAGAAAGGACAGAAGGAAAAUGAAACCUUGGAAAGGUACAGAAAGAUCAAAAGGGAGCAAUAUUGCCGAAGGUCGAAGGAAGUUUGAAUCAAGAAGGAGAAUUAAUAUGGGGAAUAAACAGAUUGAUCCACAACAAUGGGCCAAUAUUCUAGCAAAGGUUAGAGGGAAAAAUCUUCAAAGAACAACAGAAUUUCCACUUGCCACACAAGCCACUCCCACUUCUGCAUUACGGCAUAAACCUACACCCCCUUCGUCUAUUGCUAUGCCUCCACCUGCAAAAGAAUCAGAACCUUAUGUAGAAGAAACAUCCGCAGAUGAAGAAGAAUUAUUACAUAUAACUUCUUCCCCAACAAUAGCACAAGGAAUCUCUGAUGUCACAGUAUCCCCUAAUGACAGAAUUGUAACUGUAAUCAGUGAAGAAACAGAUAAUGACAGCGAAACUGUGCUAUCAGAAAGCAAAACAUGUAAAACAGAGUCUUCCACUCCAAACACAGAUCUGACAACUAUUGAGAACUCUGAAGCAGAAGGUUUUACUUAUUCAACAAAUGAAGAUGAAAAUGUAAUUCUAGAAGGGAAUGAAAUUCACAGUAGUGCCCCAACAACAUAUAUCCAGACUAUUGAAAAUGAAUAUAUAGUAGACAGUGUAACAACCGACAGUUAUGUUGAGGAGCAAUCAAAUGAAAAAACAGUGUUUGAAAGUGAGAAUAAUUCGGAAGCAGAUUUAGAAAGCAGUACUAUGGAAAUGCUUAGCGUGGGAACUGAUGAUGUUAAAGAACUUUCUACUGCUUCUGGAAUAACAGUGGCCCCAUUGCUGCCUGGUGUGGAAAAAUCUACAACAAUAAAAAGUAGUGACACAUAUUUUCCAGAAGAACCGUCUCAGCCUCCGAAUGCUGAAAGUGAUGAUAGCCUUACUACAGAAAACUUUAUUUUAUGGAAAGAAGACAAUGAUAUUCUUCCCACAAUCAACAGAGAAAUUCAGUCCACCCCUGUGACUUCUAUAUCUAAUGCUAUUUCCCCCACUCCCUCUGAUGACCAGUUGAAUAUCUAUGCUUUGGUUCCUACUCAAACAUUAAUUCCAAUUACCACUCAGUCUGCUGGUGAAAAUGUAAUUGAAGUAAAUUACACAGAGGACUAUGCUGGAAACACAGACACUAUUUUCCCCAAAAUGAGUAGUAAAAGUUCCAUUUCCCGGGGACAUAAGAAUAAUUAUAAAGCUGAACCUACUACAGUGACUACAUCUACAGGAAAACCAAAAACAGACAGUCGACUGAAGACUACAAUGAUCCCAAAUACUAUUAUUAAUGCAGUGCCUAAGAAAAACAUGGUGACUCCCACAGUUCAGGGGUCAACAAUUAGAACAAAUUAUCUAACAAGUACAACUACAAAAAUAAGUACAACUACAACAAUAAGUACAAAUGGAAAUAUUAAUAUCCAUAGACGUCGACCAAAUGGGAGAAGAAAACGUCCAAAUCGGUACAAAUUACGUCAGAAUCAGAUUGUUCCAACAGUACAACCAGUCUUAGAUUAUUUUCCUCAAAAGCCAGUUGCACCACCAACAAAAGAACAGGUCGUCACUAAUGAUCACAUAAGACCUACUGAGUUUAAAAAUGUUUACACCAGUGCUGUUCCAUCUUCUACACCUGCAUCUAAUACUAAAAUAAUUGGAUUGCCCAUUCCCACCCCUAUAACAACACUACAAAUAGUCCAGACCCAAAGGGUAGGUGAACAUGAGCAUGUAAACAAUGUAAAUACCUUACAUCCCAUUGUUAACACAGAUUCCAAUACUAUACAAAAUGUCCAGACCUCAACAUUGGUUGGGAAAAACGAUGCAGUCAGCACCAGUCAUAUUACAAAGUCCAAUACCUUGCAUGUAACUACAAAGCCAUCUAAGUUUUCAAAAUAUACAACUACUGUUCCAUAUGCCAACUCAAUUGAGUCAACUACAGGAAUUCAGUCUGAAUCUGAGUUGUACCCAUUAACUGUUACAGAGGAACCUUUAAAAAUAACAACUACUGCCGGUAUAACAGAACAUAUCUUUCAAUAUUUAGACAAUGUUCAGAGCAGUCCAUAUCCUGAAUCUAUGCCUUUGGUCACUGAUUCCCCUGUGUCUACCACUAAAAUACCUGUAGAAACCACAGUUGGACAUACUACUUUGAGGCCUGAAACGAAAGAAAGAAAAGAUUCAGCCACAUUCCCUUCAAAAACCGAAAGGAAAACAGUAUAUUCAUACAAAGGAAAUAGGGAAAGUACCACUAAGCCAUAUCCAAUGACUACUCAAAGCUCUCAAAUUAAGUUUAGGCCAUUUACAGAGAAGGUUUUCAUUCCUACUGCUCACUUACAUUUGCCUACAACCCAAGCUACAGCUUCUACAAGGACCAAAUAUCAUGAAAUCAUAGUUCCAACAGCACCAUCAAAAGUAAAAAUAGCACAAACAAGCACCCCAUCUUCCAGGCAAAAUGAACUGGACCAGCUUCCACACAUUCAAAACAAAAUGCUUUUUCCACAAAUACAAGGACGAUUUAAGGACAAUUAUGUGGCAAUGUCAAAUAACAGCGUUUUAUAUAAUACAAAAUUACAUCAGUCACGACUACCUAUUAAUCAAAAUAAUGUGAACCCUCCAGUUCAUCAUGGUCCUGUUCGUGGAACCAAGAGACCACCUUAUUUUGGCACCCAAGGACCAUUACGUUACUUUGUUACAAACCAACCAUUUGUGAUGACAAACAAGCCAGAGAUUACAGCAUAUACAGCACAAAGCAAUCAAGAGAAAAAAACAUUUCCUUCUCAACAGUUAACAACAAAACCAUCCACAACAACUACAACAGUUGUACCACUAUUUAGACCAAAACCAAUGACUCCAAGUCGAUUUAAUCUAGGGCAACGCAUAUCGCCCUAUUAUAGACCUGCAGGAAAUACUCUCAAUAAUAAUGGUAAAGACAUAGUUGCAAGAAUUCCUUAUCAAGGAAAUCCAUAUUACUUAAAUCCAAGAUUCCAUUAUCGUUUUAACAGGACUAAGCCCAUCAUAUUUACUGCUACACUUAAACCUCCUAUACCUACCAAUUUGGUUCCAGACAGUGCAAAUAAAAAAAACACUUAUGUAUCAGCUGCAAAGACAACAAUAUCAAGUGCCAUAAUUAAAGCCACGGUUGCACCUUUGCCAGUGAUACCUGUAACCAAGCCUGCAACACAAAAACAAAUGCAGCUGACUACUCCUUAUAUUGUACAUACUCAAACACCCAAAUCCAGCUCAACUAUUCAGCUAAACAGGUACUUUAAUCACAUAAACAACAAACCAUCAAUUGUCGAAGGAGCUAAACUGACAAAUCUCAAUGAAAUACAGUCUUCAGUAACUCAAAGACCUCAAGGAAUCAAGCCACGGAUUACAACCACUGGGCUACAGUCAUUAUCUGUGCCUUUUGAAACGGAUGCUGUUAUACCAUGUGAAACCUUUGGUGAUCCUAAGCCUUCCAUUACCUGGACAAAAGUCGCCACUGGGGCAGUAAUGUCAAAAAACACAAGGAUGCAACGAUAUGAGGUCUUGGAAAAUGGAACUCUUAGCAUUCAGAAACUUCAGCUGCAGGACCAUGGACAGUAUGUGUGUACUGCACAGAACCAGCAUGGCAUCGACAAGAUGUAUGUGACCCUGACUGUGGUUGUCCAACAGCCUCGAAUAUUAGGAUCUCGUUAUAAGGAUGUUACAGUGUACAUUGGAGAUACAAUUUCAAUGGACUGUCCUGCUAGUGGUGUUCCAUCUGUACACAUUUCUUGGAUAUUCCCUGACAGAAAAAUAAUACGGACUGUAUCAGCUACAGAGAGUCGUAUUAUGCUUCAUGAAAAUGGAACAUUGAUAAUUAAGGAAACAACUUUUACUGACAGAGGAAUUUUCAAAUGUGUUGCCAGUAAUGUGGCAGGAGCUGACAGUCUGACAGUAAGGCUUCAUAUUGCUGCCUUGCCUCCAAUUAUUAAACAGGAAAAGCAAGAGAACAUUACCCUUCCCCAUGGUCACAGUGUUUAUAUCCAUUGUUCUGCAAAAGGUGCUCCAUCUCCAAGUAUACGUUGGGUUCUUUUUGAUGGAACCCAGGUCCGGACAUCCCAAUUUGUAAAUGGAAAUGUGUUUGUUUUUCCAAAUGGAACACUGUAUAUAAGAAGCUUAUCACAGAAAGAUACCGGAAAAUAUGAGUGUGUUGCCACAAACAUCGUCGGAGCUGCCAGAAGGACAAUUAUGCUUGAUGUAAAAAAGUUAGCAAGUAAUGCCAAGAUCACUGCAAGUUCACCCCAAAAAACAGAUGUCACAUAUGGAAGCACUCUGCGCCUGGACUGCAGUGCAGCUGGUGAUCCAUGGCCAAGGAUACUGUGGAGACUUCCCUCUAAACGAGUGGUGGAUUCAUUCUUCAGCUUUGACUCCAGAAUCAAAACUUACUCCAAUGGAACGCUUCUCAUUUAUUCAGUUACUGAAAAAGAUGCCGGAGACUAUUUGUGCAUGGCUCGGAACAAACUUGGAGAUGAUUAUGUGGUUCUCAAAGUAAAUGUGAUGAUGAAACCUGCUAAAAUUCAGUAUAAAAAUGAGGUGGACCACAAAGUAAUGUAUGGAGGAGAUUUAAAGGUCGAUUGUAUAGCUACCGGUGUCCCUAACCCUGAGAUUUCUUGGAGCCUUCCCGAUGGAAGCAUGAUCAAUAACAUUAUGCAGUCAGACGACAGUGGCACCAGGACAAGAAGAUAUGUUGUAUUUAAUAAUGGAACCUUAUAUUUUAAUGAAGUAGGAUUGAAGGAAGAAGGGGACUAUACAUGUUAUGCUAUAAACCAAAUCGGACAAGAUGAGAUGCGUGUUAGCGUUAAGGUAGUAGCAGAAAAAGCAGUUAUUAAGAAUAAAACCCACUCUAUAAUACAUGUGCCUUACGGAGAUGUAGUCACAGUUUCAUGCGAAGCAAAAGGAGAACCUGUUCCCAAGAUCAUCUGGCUCUCCCCUUCAAAUAGACCCAUCCCUUCUUUGUCAGACAAAUAUCAAAUUUACAGAGAUGGAUCUCUUCUGAUUCAAAAAGCACAAAGAUCUGAUAGUGGAAACUAUACUUGUAUAGCACAGAAUACUGGUGGAGAAGACAAAAAGAUUGUGCAAAUCCAAGUUAAGGUUUUGCCACCAACAAUAAAUGGCUUCUCUAAUCAAAUAACCACUAUAAAACAAUUAGCAAUGAGAGAUUCUCGACUUAUGCUAGACUGCAAAGCUGAAGGAGUCCCAACACCGCGGGUCAUGUGGGCAUUUCCUGAAGGAGUGAUACUUCCUGCUCCUUACUAUGGAAACAGAAUUACCGUACACCGUAAUGGUACACUUGACAUCAAAGUUUUAAGGAAAACUGAUUCAGUACAGUUAACUUGCAUAGGUCGCAAUGAAGGUGGGGAGGCAAGAUUAGUCGUACAUCUGAUGGUUACUGAUCCAACAGAAAAACCUAAAUUCAAUACUGAGAAUGAAAAUAUUGUUGUGGGUGAGGGACAAUCAGUAAGCUUAAAUUGUUCAUCCAGAGGAAUUCCAGUGCCUGAGAGAAUAUGGUUUCUUCCAAAUGGAACUGAAGUUCACAAUGGUAAACAGCUUCACAGAUUAUACCAUAGGAAUGAUGGUGCCUUGCUCAUUGGGUCCAUCGCUGUAUCUGAUGCUGGAACCUAUCGGUGCAGGGCUAUAAAUAUUGCUGGAUUUGCAGAUAAAUUGAUUACUUUACAGAUCGGCCGUAAACCACAAAUGAAGAAUAAUUACAAUAAUUUAAUCAGCAUAAUUAAUGGUGAGACAUUACAACUUCAUUGUUCAACACAUGGAGAGUCCCAGACACAGAUUUCAUGGACACUGCCUAAUGGUGUGAUUCUUGAUGGUCCACAAACUAGGGGUCGUGUUUCCUUGUUACAGAAUGGUACCCUUGUCGUGCGUGAUACAUCUGUGUAUGACAGAGGAAGUUAUGUAUGCAAAGCAACCACACAAUAUGGCUCAUCAACAAUGAAUGUUCCUGUGAUCGUCAUUGCUUAUCCUCCACGCAUUACCACUAGUCCUGCUCCUGUUACUUAUGCAAGACCUGGAAGUUCUGUCCAGUUAAACUGCAUGUCAAUUGGCAUCCCAAAGCCAGAAAUCACAUGGGAAUUACCUGAUAAAUCUGUUUUGACUGCAGUGGCUCAAUCCCGUUUAUAUGGAAACAAGUUCCUUCAUCCUCAGGGGACACUGGUUAUUCAACACUCUUCAAAAAGAGAUACAGGAUACUACAAAUGCACAGCUAAAAAUAUACUAGGGGCUGAUACAAAGACAACUUACAUACAUGUGUAUUAGGAGAUAUCAUUUUACCGGUAAAUGCCCAGGACGACUGCCACACAAGUGCAAAUGAUACUGACUUAUUUGUAAAUGGUUUUGAUAAAUCUCAGAGGUGUCUCUCAGUCACGGUGAUGAAGUGAUUCUGAGAGCUGCUUGGUGAUAUUAAUACCCUAUCCACAACUGAAAUAAAGAGUCUACAUUAAUUAGUAAGGACGAUGAAAUCCAGAUAAAGCCAAAGGUAGCAAAAACCAGGCCCAUCUUGUUAUGGUUAGUGAGUAAUACAAUGUAUUGUUGCCUUUUUUUGCACCUUACUACCAAAGAAGUAUUAAUUCCACAAACAUGCUGCAGCAAUUUUUGUUUAACUUGUAUAAUGUAAUAACUUUCCCUUAACUAUUAUAACGUGAACCCUUUGGCGUUCUAAAGAGGGCUAUAAAAGCAUUACUUUCAAUGCAUUUAAAGCCCUUUAGAUACAAAAGGGUAAAACACCUUUCUGUAUGAUAGCACUGCUGUUUUAGUAACUCUUUUAUGUACAAACAUAUACCUUGGAGCUGAUAUUUCAUCAUGUACCAUUUCUAUCACACCUCUGAACUGGACUUUGAUAAACCUGUUGAUAUACAAAUCGAUAAAGAUCCCUUAACUGGUGCUUAAUGCAUAUGUUUUAUAUAUAUUAGUUAUCUUGUCAUGAGACACAAAGUCAGUCUAUCGAUGUCUCAUUUUAUAAAUUAUUGGUCUUUAAAAGACUUUACGCAAAACUGUGUUUAUAUUAUUAAAUCGAUGUACUGUACAUUUUAUAAUAAAUAUUAUUUUUCCGAACAACCA